AUUUAAGAAUCUUGGUUAAAGCAAAAACGAUUAUUUUCAUUUUACAAUAGUCAUUAGUACAUAAAUUCUUAUGUUUAGUAUUUUAUGUAUAAUUACUUGAUGUACAACCGUUUGCAUAAGUAUGAAUUAGAAAUUAAAUUGUAACCAGAGUCAAUUUUGUUUAAAGAAGCAAAUAAUAUAAUAAUUUUUAAUGAAUGACCAGAAUUCAAAAAUGCCGGAGCCUCGUAAAGUUGGUGUUUGGACAGAAGGAGCUCCAUUACAAACAAAAGAACUUAUAAUUCCAAAAAAAUCACCAGAAUCAUUUGACGAUAUACCUACAUUACCCGACAUAGAUGAUUUUCAAGAUAUCCUAGAAAAGGAAUUAUCAAAGCCUCCAGUGACUGAGAGAAAGGAUACUGAAACAGCUAAUACUUUAGCUGAGGUCAGUGGUGGGAUAACAUCUUCAGUUGAAGGGAUUGAUGCCGCAUUAGAUGUUCUCAAAACAUAUAUUCCUCACGAUUCAGACUCACCAGACACUAUUUGGACCAUUGACUCUUUAUUAAUGCAACUCAAUGAAGAAAUUGAUGAUAACUAAUAUUUCCUAAACUGGCAUACAAUAUUUGCAUUGCACCUGCUAUUUGCUGCCUGUCAGGAAUCGAAUGAACAAGGGGAAUUUACAGAACUCAACUGUUGUUAUAUAUGUUGUGAUUCUUAUAUAAGUAAAAACAAAUUUCAAGGAUGUCCUUACGUUGUUUAUUUAAUUAAACUACUAACAUUUUGUAUAGUACACAAACAUCAGCUUAGUUAUUAUUUCUUAUGUACUAAAUAAAUAAAAUCUAAAGAGAGA